CUUUCUUAUGCGACCCGACAAAAGAAUGAUUUCGACCACUCUCUCUUCCUCAGUGGCCUUCGCCUGUAUGUUUUGAAGCUGAAGGCCUCAUUACCUCAGUUCCCGGUUCGGACUCCGAGAAAGUGUGGGAAGGUGAAGGAAAACAACCAUGGCUGUCGGGAGUUUCGCUGAUGCCGGCGAUGGGCAUGUCCCCGACUUUGGGGGGAAGAUAACGGCAUCCGUAGUGAUCACUUGCAUCGUUGCUGCGACCAGUGGACUCAUCUUUGGAUACGAUAUCGGCAUUUCAGGUGGUGUCACCACGAUGGUGCCUUUCCUGCAGAAAUUCUUCCCGGAUGUGCUCCGGAAGGCAUCCGAGGCCAAGACGAACAUGUACUGCGUCUAUGACAGCCAGGUCUUGACCUCAUUCACGUCCUCGCUUUACAUUGCUGGACUGGCUGCCUCUUUUGCGGCAAGCCGCCUCACAGCUGCAAUCGGACGUAGGAACAUCAUGGUGCUAGGCGGCAGCACAUUCUUGGCCGGAGCGGCCAUCAAUGGUGGUGCUGAGAAUAUUGCCAUGCUCAUCUUGGGUCGAAUCUUGCUUGGGUUUGGAGUUGGGUUCACUAACCAGGCGGCUCCCAUCUACUUGUCUGAGGUGGCACCCCCGAAAUGGCGUGGCGCAUUCAACGCCGGGUUUCAGUUCUUCAUAGGUGUCGGCGUGGUGGCUGCCAACUGCAUAAACUACGGGACUGCCAAGCACAGCUGGGGCUGGCGGCUCUCCCUGGGCCUCGCAGCAAUCCCUGCAGUCAUCAUGACGCUUGGGGCCCUCCUCAUCUCUGACACCCCAAGCAGCCUAGUGAGGCGCGGGAAACUGUCUCAGGCCAAGCAGGCCCUCAUCAGCGUGCGGGGAUUGGACUCUGAUGUUGAGGGUGAGCUGGCUGAGCUCGUCAGGUCCAGCGAGGCUGCCAAAGCGGCGAGCCGGGAGCCAUUUGUGACCAUAUUCGAGAGGCAGUACAGGCCCCAACUGGUGAUGUCGAUCGCAAUCCCUUUCUUCCAGCAGGUCACGGGAAUUAACAUCAUUGCGUUCUAUGCACCAGUGCUCUUUCAAUCAGUGGGGUUCGGGAGCAACUCAGCCCUCUUGGCGGCAGUCAUACUCGGGCUUGUAAACCUGGGGAGUAUCCUUGUAUCGACAUUUGUGGUAGACCGUCACGGCAGGAGGUUUCUAUUCAUGGAAGGCGGGGUGCAGAUGUUCCUCUGUCAGGUUGGUUUAGCUGUGGUUCUUGCAGCCACAGCAGGUGUUUCCGGCACCGAACAUAUCUCCAAGGGAUAUGCAGCGCUGGUCCUCACCCUGAUGUGUGCCUAUGCUGCGGGUUUCGGGUGGUCGUGGGGCCCAUUGAGCUGGCUCAUUCCAAGCGAGAUAUUCCCGAUGAAGAUCCGCUCGGCGGGACAGAGCAUCACAGUGGCGGUCGGCUUUGCUGCAACCUUCGUGCUGUCCCAGACGUUCCUGACAAUGCUGUGCCACUUCAAGUACGGGAUAUUCUUGUUCUAUGCGGGGUGGAUCGGGACCAUGACCAUCUUCGUCGUGCUAUUGCUGCCGGAAACAAAGGGGAUACCUCUGGAUUCAAUGUACGCCGUGUGGGAGCAGCACUGGUUCUGGUGCAGGUUCGUGAAGGGAUAAUACUAGAGGGAAGAGAGAAAUACUGUCAUCGAUCCCUCCUCUCCUGAUAUUGCAACGUCUUGCUUGCCCACACAGGACGAAAACCAACAUCUAAGCAAAAAUCUCGACGUCUAUAAAAUAGGAGAAACUAUGUGAAAUUUUACGCUUGUCUCUUCGGGAAAUUGGUGUGCCACAG